UCAAAUGAAAAUAUUUGAGUCACACCUAGUCGUGCGUUUACAAUGGUCCAUCCGAGUGAAUUAUUUCGAACAAAUUCAAACGAGGAAAGAACUUUUUCGGCCCCGCGAAAUGUAACGCUUGAGAAUCAAUUCGACUGCGGUUUAACAAAUUUACCAAUUUUGAACCGCUGUUGCAACUUGGAAAGACUAGCCACACCGAAAGUGUUCCUAGCAUUUUUAUCACUUGUUGGGUUUUUACAAGGGAUCACAAUUAAGUAUUUCCGAGAAACUGCAAAAUUCUGGGGAGACCAUUACAAUAUUUCACAAAAUAAUAUUGAUUGGCUAAUUUACACCAAUGAAUUUUUUGUUGGACUGUGCGCCUUGUUAGUGGCCUAUUAUGGUAACAGGAUACACAGGAUAUCAUGGAUUGGCGGCUUAACAAUUUUCCAAGCCAUUUCAUCCGGAAUUUUAGUAAUUCCCGAAGUUUAUCGGAAGAAUUACAACGAAACGAAAGAGAUGCCAGUAAGAAAUAAAAUUAUUUAUCUAUCACGAAAAUUAUUGGAUGUUGAUAACCCUGGGCCUAGCGGCCCUUUAGACAGUAAACCCAUUGCCCACGUUCAUAAAGACUCUUAUAAUUCCCUUGGUCCUACUCUGUGUUCAAAAAAUGGAACGACACUAGGUUCAGAAAUAAUUGAUCAAAUUGAAACCAAUUACAUUGCACUGGUGAUUUUGUGUGUUUUCCAAAUGUUCUUUGCCAUGGUUUCGGUUUCAUUUAUAUCACAUGGGAUUACUUAUUUGGACGAUAACACCUCAUACAGGACUAGCCCACGCUAUAUAGCAAUAGCAUUAGCUUGUAAGGAAUUAGGACAACAAGCUGGACUAUAUCUGUCUUGGAUUCCAACCGUAUCAACGAUCAGUCAAAUUUUUGUUCAUCCAGUUUGGCUUUCUAUAGCUUCAGUGACUUUUGUGUCAGGUGUUUUAAUUUCAAUGUUCCCAAAAUACAUGCCUUCAACCUUGAUAAGAGCAAUGUCAGCUUCGAUUGUUGAUCUUGCAUCUGGGCACCAAACCGUUCGGCGAAAACCAACCAAUGAUGGGUUUUUCAAAACGCUUUUUCGCCUACUAAAAAACCCAAUUUUAAUGGUCAAUAUCUCAAGCAUUAUGAUAAUGGAGUCGGGACUUAUCAAUUUCAAUAUUUUUGAGAAAUAUUUUAAUCAAUCCCGUUUCCAAAUUUCUUACGACAAUGAUACGUCCUACACCCAGAUAACGACAAACAUAUUGAAACAACCUCUGGUGGCAGUAUCUAUGAUUGCCUGCGGACUGCUAACUGCCAAAGCUAAACAUUCAAGAUCUUUGGCCAAAUGGAACAUCGCUGCAAUUAUACUUGUUGUACUAUUCUUCGGAAGUACGGCCUUUUUGAAGUGUAAUCCCACGACCAAAUAUGAGGAUCUUCUGGAUAAAAAUAUGUGUAAAAGAUGUAACUGCACUUUUGAUAGUUUCGAACCGGUUUGUAUCGAAGAUAAGACAUAUUAUUCCCCCUGCUGUGCUGGUUGUAAGGGUGUCACAACUAUGAAUUCCAGAAAGAUUUUCACAAGUUGCAUCGCGGGAAUGAAAGCUGACGAAGGUCCAUGUAAUCAAAGUGAAUGUGACUUGUUUUACGCCUUGUCUCAAGCCAAUCGAGUCAUUACAACAGCAUUACUCGCAUCAACGAUUAUAACAAAUAUUAUAAUUAACAUGAGAUGCAUUUUACCACGGGAUAAGGCAAUGGCGUUAGGUCUUGAAGCGACUUUUUCAAGUCUAGUUCCUUAUUUACCCGUGAAAGCAAUCUACGGAGCUGUGGCAGAACACUACUGUAUUUAUCGUGAAAAUAAUGUUUGCAAGCUAUACUCGAAAAGCUAUGCCACGUUUUUAUCCUUGUGUUCGAUGGGUUUUAUGAUUCUUUCGUUACUUUUGGCAGUUGUUGUUUUAAUUCUUUUGAAAUUAACACCUCUGGAUUAUGUGGAUGAAGAUGAAGAUGAUGUUCCCGUUGAACUUGAAGAGGUGAACAGACCGGUUGAAGGAGAUAGAUUAAUGGGAGAAGAGGGAACAGAUGAAGUUGAUUCGAGUGUCCCUCGAAAAACUGGUUCGGCAAAUUCAGUCGAGAGUAUGCCUGAGUCACUUCUAGACAUGGAAAAUGUUGGAGAUGAUCAUGAUUCGAUCGAUUCGGCUCCUCGGAAUAGAAUACUAGAGAGCAAUUUAUGAUUGUAUUUAUUUACAAAGACUAAUCAAACGACUCGAGAGGAGUUAAGCUAAAUCUUCGAGUUCAAGUUCAA